AUGGGUGUACCAUCAAUCAUUGGAGAGGGUGUGGAAGAUAUAACAACUGACUUCUUGAUGGUAAUCCCUACUCUAGUUCUCGGUAUCCCAAACCAUCUCCAGCCUUACCAAUCCACUCCUGUCACAGGUAUCCCAAACCAUCUCCAGCCUUACCCAUCCACUCCUGUCACAGGUACCCUUACCCCACACCAUCUCCAGUCUUACCCACCCACUGCUGUCAAAGGUACCCUGACCCCACACCAUCUCCAGCCUUACCCAUCCACUCCUGUCACAGGUACCCCACACCAUCUCCAGUCUUACCCACCCACUCCUGUCACAGGUACCCCUACCCCACACCAUCUCCAGCAUUACUUAUCCACUCUUGUCACUGGUACCCCACACCAUCUCCAGCCUUACCCACCCAAUCAUGUCACAGGUACCUCAAACUUUCUCCAGCUCAACCCAACCACUCCUGUCACAUGUACCCUUACCCCACACCAUCUCCAGCCAUAUCCAACCACUCCUGUCAUAGGUACCCCAAACUUUCUCCAGCUCAACCCAACCACUCCUGUCACAUGUACCCUUACCCCACACCAUCUCCAGCCUUACUCAUCCACUCCUGUCACUGGUACCCCACACCAUCUCCAGCACGACCCACCCCCUCCUGUCACAGGUACCCCAAACUACCUCCAGGUCAACCUAACCACUCCUGUCACAGGUACCCUUACCCCACACCAUCUCCAGCCUUACCCACCCAAUCCUGUCACAGGUAUCCCAAACCAUCUCCAGCCUCACCCAUCCACUCCUGUCACAGGUACCCUUACCCUACACCAUCUCCAGUCUUACCCACCCACUGCUGUCACAGGUACCCUUACCCCACACCAUCUCCAUCCUUACCCAUCCACUCCUGUCACAGGUACCCUUACCCCUCACCAUCUCCAGCCUUACCCACCCACUCCUGUCACAGGUAUCCCAAACUAUCUCCAGACCAACCCAACCACUCCUGUCACAGGCACCCCUUGCCCCACACCAUCUCCAGCCGUACCCAACCACUCCUGUCACAGGUACCCUUACCCCACACCAUCUCCAGCCUUACCCACCCACUCCUGUCACAGGUACCCUAACCCACACCAUCUCCAGCUUACCCACCCACCCCUGUCACAGGUUCCCUUGCCCCACACCAUCUCCAGCUUACCCACCCACCCCUGUCACAGGUACCCCAAACCAUCUCCAGCACGACCCACCCCCUCCUGUUACAUGUACCCUUAUCCCACACUAUCUCCAGUCUUACCCACCCACUCCUGUCACAGGUACCCUUACUCCACACCAUCUGCAGUCUUACCCACCCACUCCUGUCACAGGGACCCUUACCACACACCAUCUCCAGCCCUACCCAUCCAAUCCUGUCACUGGUAG